AUGACGAGGGAGACAGAGGUCACCGGCGACGCGUGGGUACCGCGGCGGAGCGGGAGAACACCACUCAGAGUAGCAACAGUACCAGCACAGCCUUUGUGUAGGCCACAAUACCUUUUAUAUAAUACAAAGCUCCUGAAACUAGGUCUCGCGCUCGCGCUCGCGCUCGCGCAGGUGCAGGCGCCGCCGCCGCCGGCUGAUCUCUUCCCUCCGGCCACCUCAGGCCCAGCCAAGCACAGAUCCGGGACCCUCCCGGCGUCCUCUCUCCAUCCAUCCCGAAGCCCGGCGCCGUCUUCGCCAACCCUCUUCCCGCGGAGGAGUUCGAGUCCGGCCCUCCCCCUCUUCCUGUCCCGCUCCCGUGCGGCCGCGCCGGGCCGCACCGGGGCGCCCCUGCGGGCUCGAGCAGCCCCCCCUGCGCCUUCCUCUCUUCUCGCCGCCGCCGGAGGCGUCGCCGGGCAAAGCCCUGGCAGCGUGGCGGCGGCGGGACCCCUCGAUCGCCGUUCUCGACAGCGGGGGCGGCGCUGCUCCGCUGCUCCAGGCGGUGAUGCUGCGGGACGGUGGUGGCUGGGCGUGCUCGGCUCGGCCAGACUUGGUGCUCAGUCGGGUGCUGCUCGACGGGCUCGCUCCAGCGCAGGCUGGCGCGGCUCCGGCGGUGGGUGGGCGCGGCCAAGCGCGGACCUGAUUGUCCGGAGUGCGACGCGAACUAUUGUCAGGAGUGUGACUUUCUGAACCAGAACCAAGG